UUGAGGUCCGCUGUGGCUUGUGUAUUGGAAGCCUAUUGCUUCCGGGGUGCGGCCCGUUUGUUCAGGUGCUCGAUACCUGCCUCUGCGGAAGGGCCUUGGUGGACCCAAACCCUGCAGUUGUCAGAAUGAGGUUUUUGUUGUUUUGCAUUUCCUGUUUGUUUUUUAAGUUCUUUCUUUCCAGAAAGUGUCACCGGGGCUUGGAGCACACAUGAUCAGUGGUGUGACGGAUGCCUUUGUUUCUUCUCAGCUUUGCCUCGUGAGGAAACUGUAGCUACUAACAUGGCGUUCUUUGAGAAAACCUUGCUGAGCCACACGGCGCGACAGAUGCUCUGCUUGGGCAGAUGUUGGAAAGACAGACAGCGCCUUGACCCGGGAAGAGUUAGACUGGCAUCAAAGUGGAGAAGGAGCUCAUUCAUAGCAGGAUCUGGGCAAAGAGGGAGGGGUGGACGGGAUUUGGCGUUUGGCUUUCAAUCUGAAGCCAUGAGCGUUUGGGCUGUUUGUCCCGGGACUCGUGUCCAACCAAGGAAAAGCUAACAAAGGGCUGCUCGCAAACACAGAAAACUUUUCCUCGAAAGCCUCGUUACGGUUCUGAUCCCGUCCUGGCUCUUGUAAGUCAUAUGGUGACCAGGCACCUGCAGAGAGGUGAGCGGGGACCGAGGCACGGUGAGCAGUGGAGCCGGCGUGCUUGAAGGCGCAAGGAGGAUAAACCUUUCUAGAAAUAGGUCAGUCUUUCCGAGUAGUGUUAGACCUGUGCAUGACUUUUCUUAAAACCAGUUAAGCCUCGUUAUAAAAGCCGACUGGGUUCUCCCACUUUGCUGCUAGGCCUUUGGCUUCUCUCUGGUUGGAAAACGAGACCGAUGACAGUGCUUCCCGGAGACCCUGACGCCCCCUUUCUCCUUGUCAUUCCAGGCUUCAUAGACUCGGCCCUGCCCCGGCGCUUCACGGGUGGAAUUCUGAGGUGUUUGCUCUUUGCCUCAGUCCUUUUCUCCUGCUCAAGUGCGUGUCCCUCACCAGUAUCGCCCUGUCCAGCAGGUUUGACGGAUGAGAAAGUGAAGGCCUACCUCUCUCUCCACCCCCAGGUCUUAGAUGAGUUUGUUUCCGAAAGUGUAAGUGCAGAGACCGUAGAAAAAUGGCUGAAGAGGAAGAACAACAAAAUCGAAGAUGAAUCGGCUCCUAAGGAAGUCAGCAGGUACCAGGACACGAACAUGCAGGGAGUUGUGUACGAGCUGAACAGCUACAUAGAGCAGCGCCUGGACACAGGCGGGGACAACCACCUGCUCCUCUACGAGCUGAGCAGCAUCAUCAGGAUAGCCACAAAAGCCGACGGAUUUGCACUGUACUUCCUUGGAGAGUGCAAUAAUAGUCUGUGUGUGUUCACACCGCCCGGAAUAAAGGAAGGUCAACCCCGGCUUAUCCCCGCGGGACCCAUCACCCAGGGAACCACCAUCUCUGCUUAUGUGGCCAAGUCUAGGAAAACGCUGCUCGUGGAGGACAUCCUUGGGGACGAGAGAUUUCCGAGAGGCACUGGCCUGGAAUCGGGAACUCGAAUCCAGUCUGUUCUCUGCCUGCCCAUCGUCACGGCCAUAGGAGACUUGAUCGGCAUCCUUGAGCUGUACAGGCACUGGGGCAAAGAGGCCUUCUGUCUCAGUCACCAGGAGGUCGCAACAGCCAAUCUUGCUUGGGCUUCUGUAGCAAUACAUCAGGUGCAGGUGUGCAGAGGUCUCGCCAAACAGACGGAACUGAAUGACUUCCUGCUCGACGUCUCCAAGACAUACUUUGAUAACAUAGUCGCCAUAGACUCUCUGCUCGAACACAUCAUGAUUUACGCAAAAAACCUUGUCAACGCCGACCGCUGCGCGCUGUUCCAGGUGGACCACAAGAACAAGGAGCUGUACUCGGACCUGUUUGACAUCGGGGAGGAGAAGGAGGGCAGGCCCGUCUUCAAGAAGACGAAGGAGAUCAGAUUUUCAAUUGAGAAGGGGAUUGCUGGCCAAGUGGCAAGAACAGGGGAAGUCCUGAACAUCCCAGAUGCCUACGCGGACCCACGUUUUAACAGGGAGGUGGACCUGUACACGGGCUACACCACACGCAACAUUCUGUGCAUGCCCAUAGUGAGCCGUGGCAGCGUGAUCGGCGUGGUACAGAUGGUGAACAAGAUCAGCGGCAGUGCCUUCUCCAAGACGGAUGAGAACAACUUCAAGAUGUUCGCCGUCUUCUGCGCCCUGGCCUUGCACUGUGCUAACAUGUACCACAGGAUCCGCCACUCGGAGUGCAUCUACAGGGUCACCAUGGAGAAGCUGUCGUACCACAGCAUCUGCACCGCAGAGGAGUGGCAAGGCCUCAUGCGUUUCAACCUGCCAGCGCGCAUCUGCAGAGAGAUCGAACUGUUCCACUUUGACAUCGGCCCUUUUGAGAGCAUGUGGCCCGGGAUCUUCGUCUACAUGAUCCACCAGUCUUGCGGGGCAUCCUGCUUUGAACUGGAAAAACUGUGUCGCUUCAUCAUGUCUGUGAAGAAGAACUACCGGCGGGUUCCUUACCACAACUGGAAGCACGCAGUCACGGUGGCACACUGCAUGUACGCCAUACUUCAGAACAACUAUGGCCUCUUCACGGACCUCGAGCGCAAAGGCCUGCUAAUCGCAUGUCUGUGUCACGACCUGGACCACAGAGGCUUCAGUAAUAGCUACCUGCAGAAAUUUGACCACCCCCUGGCAGCGCUGUACUCCACGUCCACGAUGGAGCAACACCACUUCUCACAGACAGUGUCCAUCCUGCAGCUGGAAGGACACAACAUUUUCUCCACCCUGAGCUCCAGCGAGUACGAGCAGGUGCUGGAGAUCAUCCGCAAAGCCAUCAUCGCCACCGACCUUGCUCUGUACUUUGGGAACAGGAAGCAGUUGGAAGAGAUGUACCAGACGGGGUCGCUGAACCUCCACAACCAGUCACAUCGAGACCGUGUAAUCGGGUUGAUGAUGACUGCCUGUGACCUUUGUUCUGUGACGAAACUAUGGCCAGUUACGAAACUGACGGCAAAUGACAUAUACGCGGAGUUCUGGGCGGAGGGUGAUGAAAUGAAGAAGCUGGGAAUACAGCCCAUCCCCAUGAUGGACAGAGACAAGAGGGACGAAGUCCCCCAGGGACAGCUUGGAUUCUACAAUGCCGUGGCCAUUCCCUGCUACACCACGCUGACACAGAUCCUCCCACCCACAGAGCCGCUGCUCAAGGCCUGCAGGGACAAUCUCAAUCAGUGGGAGAAGGUGAUCCGUGGGGAGGAGACUGCGCUGUGGAUUUCCGCCCCGGCAGCCGGCAAAGAGUCCUCGGAGAAACUGCCCGUGAAGGUGGAUGAGUGAUCCCAGCGAGGUGUCCAUCUAGCAACCGACUCUCAUCCUUCUUUGACGUCGUUCCUUUUAUUUUUAAGGGUCGGGGGGGGGGUGGAACCUCUCCCAGAAGCCACCACCACGCAGACACACACACACGUGAAGCAGAUGACCCCCUGCCUGCUGCUCGCGCACGCUUGGACAGUAAGCAGCCUGGGCUCCACCACGUUCAGAUAUCAGCUGCUUUGUGGCUUCAUCUGACUUCUGAAUGACAUCAGUGAACCGGCCAGCAGUACACUGGCCCUGGAGGUGGGCGGACACCCCAGGAGGGGUUCCUACCUGGGUCCUUCCGUGAGGGUGUGGUCACUACCCUGGUUCAACAUUUCAUCUCUUCAGCAGUGCUGCUCGGUGGCAUUGGUUAUAAAUAGGACACACGUCCCUGUGGUGAAGUCCACAUGUGACCCUCCUUUGUCGCUGACUGAGUUGUAACCUGGGACACAGGUAAUGGCGGUCACGGCCCGCGGAUGAUAGAGAAAUAAGUUGUUGAUUUUAGGCAGACUAAAGGUGUGUUCUUUCGGUUCAUUCGGGGUGGGGUGGGGGCAUGUAGGCGUGUCGGCUCCAUGAAGGAAGCAGACCUCUGCCCUUCUGUCAAGGAGACACAGGGCACAUGGCAUCCAAGAACCACAGCUCUCAUGUCAAACCACGUCAGAGAAUUAGAACACUCUCCCCUUCCCCCCCAGCACUGUAGCCUGUAGCCUUUGGCACCUUUAACCAAAUCCUUUGCACAAAGAAAAUAAAAGUAAGGGAUAUAAAUCCCCGUCCCCCCCAGAAAGAAAACCUUGUGAGUGAAAAAUGUGAAUUUUAAAAACAGUUUCUUUAUAUUCUUACUGUGUGUUAGGGCAGCGCUAUAGUCACACCCCGUUCCAUGCCGCACUCCCUGCAGAGGCCCCAACAGUGCAGCCCCAGUCUCCUGGGAUUUGGAUGGCUCCUCCUUCACUGUGCGGUCAGACCCGACAGGAGGAGGCGCCGGGCCACCGCACUGACCUUUAAUUGUGUCUUCUCUGCCACACUCCUACCCAGAGUCCUCCACCACGAAACCCCACGUGUGAAUUAGUCCUCCGGCGUGACUUUCUGGUGACUGCUGCCGUGUGACAUUUGAGAAGCCAGCAGAGCCCCCUGGGCCUCCUAAGGGUGUCGCCCCGGUUCAUGCCGUGAGGGUUUUUCAGGACAGUGGCAAGGAGACCGGAGAAUCUGUGCUUGGUUGUUCUCACGACGUGAACGGGUCUUGAGACGUUAGAGAACAAUCAGAAGCGAACAGUUCUCUCUCUCCCUGCUCUGGCAGGAAUGUGAAAAGUUGCUUUGCAAUGAAAAAAAUUUUUUUGAAACAGACUUUGAUACGCUCGGUACUCUACACACCACUGCUUGCAGGAGCUUGGCAUUUGCAAAAAAAAAAAAUCAAUUCAGUUUUCCCCGACAUAUUGGUUUAUGUUGUAGCAGAGUGGUCCGAACACCAAUCUUGUUGUCAUUUUACGUUAAUACCCCGUGUUCAGUCUCCUUGCUGGUUUCUAAAGAGUUGCCGUCGCCCCUCCAUGCCAUUUGGUUUACUGUCCUGUCGUUACCACAUGAGGGAAAAGGUGGUACCAGCGACCACCAGGGCUGUGCACACAUGCACACACUUAUGUAUGCAUGCUGUGGGGACAAACACUCAGAUGUAUGUAUGGCACACCCUCGAGACAAAAAGGAAAGAAAGAAGCAAGUAUUUAUUUAGAAAUAAAAAUGACAGUCACCCCCAUACUCCAAAGCAGAGGUUUUCCGUGUUGGGAAACAGGCCGUUCUCCAUGAGAGCAUGGAUGGGAGUGUCACUCCUGUGAGGGUCCCCAGGGGCAAAGGCUGAAGAAAGUCCAUUUUCCUUAUACAGACAAGUGACGGUAGAUCCAACAAAAAUCCACUUUUAUCCACACAAGCUGACGGAUCCUCUGCCUCGGAAGCUGGAUUGCAGGAAGGGUGGCUGUUUCGUUCUGGCAUCUUGAAGGUGUGCAAGAAUUCUGUCCCCCAGUAUGGAAAAGGGUCCUGGUGGUGGGAAUCCUGUGACUGCUCUAGCAUUUCAUGAUCGCUGUGGUAAUGAGAGCACUACGGGAGGCUCCUUUCAUUCGACCUAGCCAAGAAUGCUCUACGCUGUGGCCUCUACUGGGGCAGUUUGCAGAGGAACCUGCUGGGAAUUUACUGGCUGGUCAGUCUCUUGUUUGGAUAAAAGAUUUCAGCUGAUUUUUUUUUUAAUUUCAAAAAAGACCUUUGUAUCAUUGUUCUCACCAUGUGUGAGACUCAUGAGACAUAGUUUUUUUUUUUUUUUUCCAAAAUAAAAGAGGCCAGGAUUCGGCCAUGUUUAGGUAAUAAUUUGGUUUUGGAGUUCAUGCAGUCAAGAGUGUUUCUUCUGGAUCUUGGCAAAUAUAUCUAGCAGACAAGCAUCUAAAUUCUGCCUCUUAAGUUUUUUUUCCCCACCUCAUUCCUCACAGUUUUCUCCCACCAGGGAUUUCUGGGAAUUUCUCAUUAGUGUCUGAUGCAAACUUAGUGACUAAUAAUGAAUACAAACGGAAUGUUCCCUUUACCAAAAUGAUAUUGUUUACGAUCAUUGGAAUGCACAGGUCUUAUUUAAUUUCUUUCCACACUUUUGUGGUACCUUUUUGUCUGGGAAAACGUUCUCAGAUACGUAAGUGCAUGCCGACAAACCACAAACCAACGCGGAAUCCUGAGUCUGGGCGGUGGAAAACAACCGUAAAACGCAGUAACCACCAAUAGCCGUCAGCUAAUUGGAACACAGUAGAGGGCGUGAGUGGCCUCGGAAGCAGCGAAAAACAUUCUGGGUGGUGCCCAGCUGCCCACCUCCCCAGGGUGUAAGGAGCAGGGAAGAGAGACUUUGAAUCCCGUCCCUGGGGCUCCCUCCAGUUUGAAGUGUCCCCAUGACUGACUGCCAGGGGGACACUUCAGGUGUGUCUCCCUCCCACACAGAGUCGUUUCGAUCCGACCCGUUCACUGUUGGCCUCCUCUUUCUUUCAGCAUGUGCUAGCAUUUUUGUUUUAUGCACAUUCGGUGAACUCGGCCCGUUCACUGCGCUCAUAUGUGUGCUAGAUGUGUUAGCACAGCCUGCCCGCUGUUGCAUGACACCUUAGGGGGCCGACCAGGUCUUCCAGUGGACUUAGCUUGGCGUCUGGCGCGUCUGCUCUCUUAGGGUCUAAAUUAAGGACUCAGCUUUAGCAGGACAAAGUAUUCGCCCUGCCUUGGCCUCGUGCCUUUAUCUGAAAUGCUGGCUUCUCUCAUGUGCUCACCUCUUAACCUUUCUCAAGUGUAAGGGGUAGCAUUUAAAGGGGCCCGUUCUCUGGGAGACCCACCUCUGCUCCCCAGAUUCCUGUCAUCAUCCCAUGCCACUGGUGUCUGCUCUGGUGGCUUUGGGAUCCUCUUGUCCGUCGGGUGCUGUGGCUCCAGUUAGACGCAUGGAUCUCUGUCGGGGGUUGGGGGGUGGUGGUGAUGGUGUUCUGUGGCUGCUUUGAGCUCUGCUGGUCUUGUGGGGGUGGGGUGGGGGCUUCUUGGAGGACUGCUCAUCCAGUCACAGGUCGCAAGUGCCAGUCUGACUUGACAGCCAUUGUGAAAUUUGAGUUAGUCACGUGUACCGUCAGCCGUAGCUUCCCCUUGCGACAUGUGACUUUUUUUUUGUUGUUGUUGUUGCUGCUGCCCAUUUGGCUGGCAUGAUUUACACCUAAGUUAAAAUUAGAGAUGCCCUGAGAGUACAACAUUCUUACGGUCUUUAAACAAAACCGUACAGUUUGAUCAAUGAAAGUCUUAAAGGUAUUACACUCAUUGACAAGAACAGAACAAAAGAAAGACAAAUGCUUAGAGGCGUUCUUGUUGCCAGUGAGGAGUACAGAACAAGGAAGCCCAUGUCUCCAAAGAAAAACAGGCCUAGAACCCAAAGACACACGUCCCCAGUCACCUGACUUGUCCCUGCUCAGUAGUGGAGGUUGGCCCUCUGUGGGCUGUGAGCAUUCUGUCUGCCAUUAGUAUAAUUGCCAGGCUUUGUAACUGAAGCAACACACCUAGGGCUGACCCUGCAGGGUAUACAGGAGAAUGCCCAAACACCAGGGUGGAAGUGUAGCUGGACCCAGAGUCUGCCGCCACAAAGGAAGUCAGCACACACAUCUCAAUGCUUAAUCUCCAGGAACUAUACACAUUGGUGGAUUCUUUUUAUCUCUGAUGUAAAUUAAAUCCCCAAACACUUGUCUAGCCCACCUAAAACCUCAUUCUAUCAUGGGCAUCCCCACUUUCUCUUUUGGCUUGGUCAUCCUGAUUCCCCCCGCGCCCCCCACCCCACCCCCAGUCCCAUGCGUAUCUAGGAUAGUGAAUGGAAAUGACCUGUGGGAAUACCGUUUUCUGUAUGAUCUGUUGUAUGGCGUACAUGCUACGUGUUCAUUUGCUGUACAAAAAAAAAAAAGUGCAGUUGGUUGAUGCACAGAGGUGUCUCUGUAUAGUGCCCACCUAGUUAAAAAUCACAUACUUGCCCAGAACACUGUGAAACACUUUAACUACAUACAAAUGCAGCGUCUGGAUUCCUUCUGAGAUGAACAACUUUCUCUUCAUGAACAUAGGAACAAAAGAGAUUCUCCAUCCACACCCGGCCAAGGCACCCCAGAGGUCACAGUGACAGCCUCUUUGCUGGCCAACACCUGCUGGAGCAGGGGCACAGGUCCAAGCAACCGGUCCUCAGUGGAUGGGUCCACAGCCAAAGCCUUAAUGGGCUCUUUUUUUGGAGGGGAAAGAAAGAAUUUCAAGUUAACAAUAUCCAACAUUUUAGUUGAUGAGUUAGUAAAUUCCAAAAAUGAUUUUAUAUGUAUGACCUUAAAAAAUCUUUGUAAAGUGCGCAAGUGCAAUAAUUUAAAGAAGUCUUAUCUUUACAUUUAUAAAUUAUAAAUAUUGUACAUGUGUGUAAUUUUUCAUGUAUUCAUUUGCAGUCUUUGUAUUUAAAAACCUUUACUGUUAUGUUUGUAUAAUAGAACAGUACCCAUUUAUUAUAACUCUGACAAGGUGUAAAUAAAUUCAUAAUUCAGACAGCCAGUAUAUAUGCAUAUAUAUGGGUGUUAACAUUGCAAAAAUCUCUAUCUUUGUUCUACUCAUAUGCUUAAAGCAGUAAGGAAUCUUUUGUGGAUAUGUAAUUAUACAUAUAAAAGUAUAUAUAUGUAUGAUACAUGAAAUAUAUUUAGAAAUGUUCAUAAUUUUAAUGGAUAUUCUUUGGUGUGAAUAUAAUUGAAUACAAAGUUUUUAAAAUA